ACAACUGCGGCGGAACGAUGCAGCCCCAAGCAACCAGGUCCUCCAACCUCCUAUAUAUAUAUAGAUAUAUAUAUGCAUUCACCCUCACCCUCUCACACGCUCACAUCUCUCUCUCUCCUCUCUCUCUCUCUCUCUAAAGAUUCCUCCUUUGGUUUGGUUUGGUUCUCUCACUAGGGGGAGGAGGACGACGGCGAUGGGGUUCCCGUCGGUGUGCUACUGCGUGAUCCUGCCGCAGCCGCUGGUGCUGGUGCUGCAGCUGCUCGACCUGCUGCGCCACGCCUUCCUGCUCGGCGCGUCGGCGGUCGGCCUCGCGGCGCCGCCGACGGCGGACGAGCACCCGGCGGCGUACGGCGGCUACGCGCCGCCGGCGGCGGCGGCGGCGAUGGCGGUGCCGUCCGAGCUGGUCUGGGCCUUCCAGGCCGCGCCGGAGCCGGCCGCCAUCAAGGCGCGGCUCCCCGCCGUCCGGUACGCCGACCUCAGGUGCCGCCGCGGCAGCGCCGGCGCGGCGGCGGCGUCGUGCGCCGUGUGCCUCGGCGCGCUGGAGGCGCGCCACCGCGUCCGGGAGCUCGGCAACUGCGCGCACGCGUUCCACAAGGCGUGCAUCGACAAGUGGGUCGACAAGGGCCAGGCCACCUGCCCGCUCUGCCGCGCCGCCCUCCUCCCGGCCUCCGACGACGACGCCAUCGCCGCCACCUGCAGGCACCUCCCCUCCUCCUCCUCCGCCGCCGCCUUCUGACCUCGCCAUCCAAGAACCCAUCUUUCUAGCACCCGGCACCCCCCUUCCUCCUCGCCGCACAACAAAGACUCCUCCUUUCUCCUUCCUCCUUCCUCCUCUCCCCCAUGGAAUGGAGAGCAAGAGGAGAGAGGGAGACAAAAACAAGCUAAAGCUACUACUCCAAUGGAGAUCGAUUGAUGAGUAGGAAGAAGAAGAGGAGAGGGGUGUGUGUGGUGGAGGAGUAUUAUUGGUAGGUGAGGCACUAAUUAUGAGGAGGACAGGGAUGGCUACCUGCACUGCAUUGGAUCUGGUGAAUUUCAGCCCUAGCUAGCUGUGGAUCCAUCCAUCCAACCAUCUGCACUGCAUGCUCCAUUCUUCUUCCUUUUCUUUUCUUCUCUUUCUCUUCUCCUCA